GCUGCCGGUACUUUAUGUGCAUGCCACGUCCGUAUACAGAUUACAGUACAGCGAGGUGACAUUGGUACUGGUGCAUAUACACGUGCGUACGCGGUUUAGCAUUCUUAGCAGCAGCAGGAAGAAGGGAACACGCUGGACCAACUGGGAGCAGAGAAGUCUUCUUCUUUUUGAGUUUUUCAGUCAUUGAAUCGAAGAUAAAUAAAACCAAACAUGUCUAAGGGACCAGCAGUUGGUAUUGAUCUUGGAACAACAUACUCAUGUGUUGGAGUAUUCCAGCAUGGAAAAGUAGAAAUCAUUGCCAAUGACCAAGGAAACAGAACAACUCCAAGCUAUGUAGCCUUCACAGAUACUGAGCGUCUGAUUGGAGAUGCAGCAAAGAACCAGACAGCCAUGAAUCCAACUAACACAAUCUUUGAUGCAAAGCGUCUCAUUGGUCGGGACUUCACAGAUACCAAUGUCCAACUAGAUAUGAAACAUUGGCCUUUCACAGUUGUUAAGGAUGGCAAAAGACCGAAGAUUCAAGUGGAGUUUAAAGCAGAGACCAAGACCUUCAAUGCUGAGGAGAUCAGUUCCAUGGUCCUCGUAAAGAUGAAAGAGACUGCAGAAGCAUACCUAGGAAAGAAAGUAACAGAUGCUGUUGUCACAGUGCCAGCAUACUUCAAUGAUUCUCAGAGACAUGCAACCAAGGAUGCUGGUGUGAUUGCUGGUCUUAACGUCUUACGUAUCAUCAAUGAACCUACUGCAGCUGCUAUCGCUUAUGGACUGGACAAGAAGACUGCUGAAGAGCCGGAGCGUAAUGUCUUGAUUUUUGACCUGGGAGGUGGCACCUUUGAUGUCUCUGUGCUGUCGAUAGAUGAGGGCAUCUUUGAAGUCAAGGCAACAUCUGGAGACACUCACUUAGGAGGAGAGGACUUUGAUAACCGCAUGGUCAAGUUUUUCAUUGACGAGUUCAAGAGGAAGCAGAAGAAAGAUAUCACUUCAAACAAGAGGGCUGUUAGGAGACUGAGAACAGCUUGUGAAAGGGCCAAGAGAACACUCUCAUCUACUACACAGGCUAACAUCGAGAUUGACUCGCUUUUUGAAGGCAUAGACUUCUAUACCUCCAUCACACGUGCAAGAUUUGAGGAGAUGAACGGUGACCUCUUCCGCGGAACUCUCGAACCUGUCGAGAAAGCUCUCCGUGACUCAAAGUUUGACAAAAAUCAAAUUCAUGACAUUGUUCUUGUUGGUGGCUCAACCAGGAUCCCCAAAAUCCAGAAGCUCUUGCAAGAUUUCUUCAAUGGAAAGGAACUCAACAAGAGCAUCAACCCAGACGAGGCUGUAGCCUAUGGUGCAGCUGUCCAAGCUGCUAUCCUCUCUGGUGACAAGUCUGAAGAAGUUUCAGGUCUUCUACUUCUUGAUGUUGCCCCACUAUCCAUGGGUAUCGAGACAGCUGGUGGGGUCAUGACCUCUCUGAUCAAGAGGAAUUCAACCAUCCCAACGAAGCAGACAAGCACAUUCACAACCUAUGCUGAUAACCAGCCAGGUGUGCUCAUCCAAGUCUACGAAGGCGAGCGUGCAAUGACCAAAAACAAUAAUAUACUUGGGAAGUUUGAGCUGGCUGGAAUCCCACCAGCACCUAGGGGAGUCCCCCAGAUCGAUGUAUCCUUUGACAUUGAUGCCAAUGGUAUCCUGAAUGUAUCUGCAGUGGAUAAGAGUACUGGCAAAGAGAACAAAAUCACCAUCACCAAUGAUAGAGAUCGUCUUUCGAAAGAAGAGGUUGAGAGGAUGGUUGCAGAGGCUGAGAAGUACAAGGAAGAUGACGAGAAGGUGAAAGAAAAGAUUGCAGCAAAGAAUGCCCUUGAGAGCUAUGCUUACAACAUGAAGAGCACCAUGGAAGAUGAGAAGAUCAAGGACAAGGUUCCAGAAGAAGACAAGACUAAGAUCCUUGACAAGUGCAAGGAAGUAUUGGAUUGGCUGGACUCCAACCAGACUGCCGAGAAGGAUGAGUUUGAGCACCAACAAAAGGAACUAGAAGGUGUCUGUACACCAAUUAUCACCAAGAUGUACCAAGCUGCUGGCGGUGCUCCUGGUGGUAUGCCAGGUGGUAUGCCUGGCGGUAUGCCCGGCGGUAUGCCUGGUGGUAUGCCCGGUGGAGACAGUGGUACCGGUGGUGGCCCCACCAUUGAGGAGGUUGAUUAAAUACACGGCCAGAAAAACAGAACAGGCAUGCGACUUUCCCAUCAUAAAAUGGCAAAAUAUAUUCACAUUUGUAUUGUGCUUUAUUGGUGUUCGAUGAAUAUGUCUAAUCACCUGAUGGACACUAGUUCAAUUACUAGUAAUACAUGAAAUCAAUGACAAAUUACUAAUAUAUGAAAUCAAAGACUAAUUAUUUUAAGGCUUUUGGUAUUAGUGAACAGUGGAAGCACAAUUCAGAUUUCAUUCCCUAGUUCUAUCACCUUGUGAGUUUUCAAAAAUGAUCCAAAUACAUCUAAGUUUGUUCAGUAAACAGUGGGAUGAUCCAAAUUCAUAAAAGUUAGCUCAACUAUCAAACAGUGGGAUUCAUUACAAGAGAAGUGUCAUUGUGUGUACUGUCUUUCAUUGCUUUUAUCAAUUAGAUUAUUAAUAUCAAAUACUCCCAAGUACUUAACAUUAAAAAAGAGAAGAUUUUGGGGGUGAAAGAUUUCAAGAAUCACAAAAUCUUUUCUAUUUCGAAACAGCACCAUGAUCCAUAAAAACUUCUCAGAUAUUGUUUUGUAUGACAGCUGAAUACCUCGUGUUUAUAUGGGACUCUUUCAUUUAAAAAAAAGUGUUGGAGAUGGUUGUGCUUUUUUCUCAGGGUAUGUUUAUUCUAUUUUGUCUACCGUGAUUAUUCCUAACAGGAGCAAAAAGUGAGGUCAAAUGUUUGUAUACAUUAAGAUAUUUAUGCAAAUAACUGCCUGUGCAUGUAUUUACAAAAUAUUUUGGAGAAAUGCCUCUAAUGGAAGUCUUCAGAUUCGCCUCAUUCCAAUAUUAGAAUGUGUGAUUUAUUUUUUGUGUACAUUGAUAUACAAUAUGACUUUCUAUCUAGGAAACAUUGAAUGGUAUUACUGCUUAUUUAUAAGGGUUUUUUGCCCAUUCCUAUCAAAGUGUGUGAUGUAAUAUGGUUCUUUGGUAUACAAUACCUUGUCUACACAAAUCAUGUUGCCUAUUUCAAAAGCUGUAAGUUACAUGUAUGUAUCAAUUUCUUGUCAGUAUUUAUUUUGUUUUAAAUAUGUGUAUCAAGUAUGUUCUGUACAAUCAUUAAUGUAAGACAAUCCUGACUUCAUUAUUUUUCCUGUGGUUUCAAGGUAUUAUUUGCCCUUUUCUGAAUAUUUAUGACUGAUUGUGUCAUUCCUUACUGUUUCUCGUGAAUAAAUAAAGUUAUCAAAAUGGAAUACAUCCAUGUAUCUGUUUCACAAGUAAGGUCUACAUAAAUAUGUUACCAAAAUACCAGCAGAAUCUACACUUGAUAUCAUACUUGGCUACAUUAAAUGUCUGUUAUGAUCCAUGUCUGUAA